AUGUCUGAGGAACACGCUACUCUCAAAGUUGCUAUUGCUGGUGCCGGCGCCAUGGGUACCCUCUUCGGUACAACACUCCUUGAAGGCGGCAAUGAUGUCGUUUUCUUCGAUGCCUGGCCAAAAUUACUCGAAGAAAUGAAGAAGACACCAGUUGCCCACAGAAUCCUUGAAGAUGGCAAGGAGAAGGACUACGAUGUUAAGGUAUUCCCAUUCGAGGAAGCUCCAGAAGAGGAGAAGGACCUUAUCAUCAUAACCGUUAAGUCUUCAGAUACAGAUGCUACCCUCCAGAAGAUCAAGGCUCGCAAGAUGAUCGGCAAGAACACAGUUAUCCUUACACUCCAGGGUGGUUUCGAUAACGCAGACGUUAUUGCCAAGUACCACGAGAACAAGGACCUCAUCCUCUUCGGCAAGACAGCUUGCUCAUCAUCUGGCUGCCCACCAAGAAUGAUGACAAUCCAGAAGUUCAAGAUUGCCAACACAACAAUCUGGCCACUCGGUUGCGCUAAGGAUGCUACACCAGUUGAACGUGUCCAGGAAGUUGUCAAGGCUGUCAACGCCUCCGGACUCCCAUUCGAGCUCACAAACCUCGCUAUCCCAGAUCGCUGGAAGAUGCUCCUCUACUACCCAGCCAACAUCGCUGUUUCUGCAGUCGUUAACCUCGACUUCAGCACAUGCUGGAACUGCGAACCACUCCAGAAGGUUCUUGAGAAAUUAGGUGAAGAAUGCGCCCAAAUCGCUGAAUUAGAAGGCGUCGACACAAAGUUCUUCAACAAGGAAAUCGCUGUUGAGGCCGUCAAGAAACUCGCUCUUGAAGAAUGCCCGAAGCACCAGGGUUCAAUGAACCAGGAUGUUUUCAACCAGCGCAAGACAGAAAUCGAGGCCACAGCUGGUGUCCUUCUCAAGCUCGCUGAGAAGCAUAAAGUUGAGCUUCCAUACACACACACAAUCUACGCACUCAUCCGUGCUAAGGAGAGCAACUAUGGCAAUGAAUGCCAGAAGCCAGCUGCUAAGUAA